ACUUCACUGUGAAAGCAUGACAGAGAAUAGGAGGAAAGAUAAGAAAGGGAGAAAGAAGGGUGGUAAGAAAGGGCAAAAAGAGAAGGAGGGCGAUCCCCCUCAAGCUUCAGCUCCAAAGUUAAAACCAAUGAAGAAUCUAUUAAUAGUGGACGAGGGAAGCAAGCUCACGGUCAAGUGCGAGGCCACGGGGAGCCCUCUGCCAACAUACCGAUGGUUCAAAGAUGGCAACGAGCUGAAGAAAAGCAAAAAAAUACGAAUAAAGAACAGCCAGAAAAACUCCAGACUCCAGAUCAGCAGAGCGAAACUGGAGGAUUCUGGGAAUUACACUUGUGUGGUGGAGAACCUGCUGGGAAAGGACAACUCCACUGGCACUAUAAAUGUCCAAAGCAUAACCACAACGCUAUCUCCAGGCUCAGGCCAUGCCAGAAGAUGCAAUGACACAGAGAAGGCCUUCUGUGUGAAUGGCGGUGACUGUUACUUCAUACAUGGUAUAAACCGGCUUUCCUGCAAGUGUCCAAAUGACUUUACCGGUGAUCGGUGUCAAACCUACGUUAUGGCACGUUUCUACCAUCAUCUUGGGAUUGAAUUUAUGGAGGCCGAAGAACUCUACCAGAAGAGAGUCCUGACAAUCACGGGGAUUUGUGUGGCGCUGUUGGUGGUGGGCAUCGUUUGUGUGGUUGCGUACUGUAAAACCAAGAAACAAAGAAAGAAGAUGCACAAUCAUCUGAGACAGAACAUGUGUCCAGAACACCCCAAUCGGAACCUAGCUAACGGACCCAAUCACCCAGGACCAGGGCCAGAGGAAAUCCCCAUGGGAGAUUACAUAUCAAAGAACGUCCCGGCAACUGAACGCAUCAUACGCCCUGCGACAGAAGGAUCGUUCCCUGCCAGCCACACCUCUUCCAGAUCUCAUAACUCUUCCACACGCGCCCAUUCAUCAACUCACAGACCCGAGGAGCGGACGUGGAGCCUGGAACAUUUGGACAGUGUCCUCUCUGACUCACCGGGGAUGAUGUCGUCAUCGGUCGGGACUAGUAAAUGCAGCAGCCCCGCGUGCAUGGAGGCACGGGCCCGGCGGGCUGCACACUGUGCUUACAAUGACCCCCAUCGGCCGACCCUCCAGUACGGGGACUCCUUUGACUCCUUGGGUGACUCUCCACACAGUGACAGAUACGUGUCAGCUCUAACAACACCAGCCCGCCUCUCGCCAGUGGAUUUCCAUUACUCAUUCCCCCCGCAGGUGCCUACCUUCCAGAUCACCUCGCCCAACGCCAGCCACGCCAUGUCCCUCCCGCCCGCUGUUCACAACCCGUACCCGCUGGAAGACAACCAGCCUCUGCUGCGCCACUACCAAGUGCCCCUCCACGACGCCCAGUGCCAGGAGGCCUACCGACAGCAGCGGCGCACCUACCCCAACGACAGCAGGGGAAGCCUGCCCUCCAGCCCCUACCGGCUGGCGGAAGACGAAGACUAUGAGACCACCCAGGAGUAUCUCUCUUCUAGGGAGCAACCAAAGAGAAGCGGGUCCGGCGCACCCGAUAGCCGUCGCUGGAGGAGAUCCAGACUGAACGGCCACGUGGCCCCGCGCGGAUACGAGGCCUCCCGGGACUACGGCUCCCGGAGCUGCCUAACAGCAAGCGAGUCAGAGGAAGAUGGCGAGAGUACGCCUUUCCUCAGUAUGCAGAACAUGAACGCCGAGCCCUCCACCAUCUACAGACCGGUGGACAGUCGGACUCCUCACUCGUCGGCGCGGCACAGUGGGCGUGUGAACAUGCAAACAAGACUCACGCACUCCCGCUCCCAACCGGACACUCCACCCCAUUAGAAAAUGACCAUGAACCAACGAAAAGUCAAUAUAGUAUAGACCUGCAUCUAUAAGAAAUAUUUUUAUUUUAUAUAACUGACAGAUAUUCUAAACAAAUGAAAUAUUUAUUUUCAUUUUAGCAAAAGUUGUCUACUAGUUAACAGCAAAGACUUUUUUAUAGGGAAAACUCUAUUUAUAUGUACGUUUUGAUUUACAGCAUAAAAAGAUGUGCCAGUCUUUUCACAGCGUUAAAAAAAAAAGAAAAAAAAAUAAGAGUAAUAUUGUGGUGCCUUUUUGCUGUUUGCCGAUGCCAGAGGAUCAGUGGAGGUUUUUGUAGCCUUUCUUAUACGGAUGCCUCAUUUUUUAUACACAUUAAUGUUUUUUUUGUUUUGUUUUGUUUUUCCGUCUCUGGUUGAACGUUUCCUUUCUUGUAUCCCCUGAGGAGUCGCACUCCACUGGAACCCCCUUUCCAUAUCAUGCAAUAUAAACCACUUGCGUCACAAAGUGUAUGUUUACAUCAAUGUAACUCACCUGUAGAGUUUAUUAUUUGGGAUCAGUUAGAAGGUCUGGUUCAUUAAUACCAUGUAGAUCAUUUUUGCCAGCUGAUUUGAGUGUGAACGUGUGCCAGUGUACUUUGGGCGCGUGCGUGCGCACGCGCGCGUCACUGCUUGCAUGUGUUGUUGGAGUUGCGAUGGUGGUUGACGCGGCGGCAUCGCCCUGCAGAUAUGCCAGUGCGCAUCAGAGUGACACAGAAUCACUGCUUAUCACGACUGUGUGCCCAUACCUCCACAUCACCCCUUGACCACCCCGCUCCCCUUUUGCAUCAGUGAGUAGGCGCAGGUGAAGCUGCGGUAGGUUGUGUUAAGUUAUGCAGGUCAUUGCUUGAUGUGUUUACAGCUAUUCUUUACCCCAUCUCAGUGUGCCCCAUUAACCCCCUCCCCCAACCUUGACCUACCCUCCCACCUUUUCUGCAGGCCCCCUUCAUUUUAGCCUUUCACAAACCUCACAAAUACUGAGCUGCUUGGCACAGGGUGACCCCUGCCUUUAGAGGUGGCGGGCGAAACAAAAAGAUUACAUCUGUUUUUGCUCAACUCUGAAGACCCUCCUCUUUAAAAUCCCAUACUUCAUCAUCCUUCUGUGUCCAUUCUGGUUUUUGUGGUCUCUGUUAGUGGCCACAGUGUCUCAGGAUUCCCGGAUAGUCUCCCCAACCCCAAAUCCCUCACCCAGACUUUCAUCCUAUAAUGCACUCAUAGACUAAGCAUGCACACAGUCAAAUAGAAGGAAAACAAACAAGACAGCACGAGUGGAAUUGCUACGAAAGGGAUCAUCCAAUGCAAAAAUAUGCAAACUUUCCGUUUUGCUGUUUGAUGACAUCAUUUUGUGAGAGGUGACCAUAUAAUGUGUGCGUGAUGCUUGAAGUGUAGAAUGAAACAACACAAUAUACAGUCAAUGCAUAUUUAACACAGUUAUUUUUCUUCAUUAAAAAAAAGCCAUCUAUUGAGUUUCCUGUGCAAAUACUUAUUUUAUCACCCGACUGAGAGCGCUUCACUUUUACAGGCAGACUUCCAGUAAUGACAAGUAGCAUCCAAAUAGUGUCUCCUCCGAUAGUACUGUGUACCUACCGCUUUGUCUUAUUGACAGAUUUUGUCAUAUCAAAUUCAGCCUGAUGCAAGAAGUCAAAAACGUUCAAGCCCGAGAAAAUGUUGAAACUUUGAGAGAAAAGCUGAAGUGUUGUCACAGUUGGUAUGUUGCUAUUAAGAAUUAAAAAGAGACAACGAUUGCUCUGCACCUCUGGUUGCUACGUGGUAAUUGCACAGUGGUGUUUUUUUUUUAUGGGGAAUGGUCUUUGGUCACAUGUCACUUGCAGGUAAAUUCCGUGUCCCUGCCCCCUAAAACUCAUCCAAUUUAAUUUCUGUGACUCUCCUAACUCUGGCAAAAACUCACCAUGUUGAGGUACUCCCAGGCAUGGCCUGCUACGAGUCCUCUCUUUUCAUUUGAUGACCCUCACGCACCUGACCUCGUACUCCCCCCAGCUUGAAACUCCUUUCCUCUGCAUGUCCUUGUGGUCAAAGUUAGAUGGGUGCAUGGUUUAAAAAAGGAGAAAACAAAGAAACGCAGAUGACAAUUCUAUUCCAGUCAGUGAAAAUGUAUUUCAUUAAACAUUCAGCAAUAAAAAUUAAGCUCCCACACCUUGACCCCCCACAUGACAACCCUGGAAUAUGCCAGAAAUAAAAGAAACAAUGCGAGAUUGUCAUAGACUGUAAAAUAAAAUGGAAAAAAAUGAUUCCACCUGUUCAUAUGCGGAAAAUAAAUCUUUAUUCAUAUCAUAUAAAUGAUGUAAUUAUUUCUGCAGAAAUUUCUGCUCUGCAACUUGAUUUAUUUCUUCACUUUAAUGCAUCUUAUCUUCUGGAUUAUAUUGUGAAAAUCACAUUUUUGAGCUAAUUGCAGUAUGGUAAUCAGCAGUUCAUGAAUGGACGCACAUCUUAUAUUUUCACAAAAAUGUAUUUCAUGAUCCCAAUAAUUAAUCCUGCCGAGGAAUGAUGACCAACACACCAUAAAAUAUAUAUACUAUUUACUGCAAAGGUUAAAGUUUAUUUAGAAGAAAUAACUAUCAAGUAACUGUAUACUCGAUUCCUCUAUUUUCUAAACAAAGACAAUAUCCGCCAGGACACUGAAUUGCGCAAAUAAGCGUGUUUUAGCGGCUAAUUACGUGAGAUCCAUAUCGUUACUCUGUACAGUACUGUAUUUCAGUUUAGUUGAGCAUUGGUUAAAACACAACACUAGAUGGCAGUGCCAAUUGCAAGAGGAGUUCGUCACACAACCUUUGUUUGGGCAGGACUCCCAGUAAAAAAAAUAGUCCAAUGUGAUGGAAUGUCCAACGAUAUUUAUUAUAACAAACCAAUCUGGAUGAAUGUAGGGGAGGUCAUUCAGUGCCUUCAAUGUGGAAAAAUGCUUAAUUCAAAUGAAAACCCAUCAUCACUGCAACCCUUAUUUUAUUUUUUUUUAUUGCAAUUAAAGGCAAUUGGCAGUAGCCAAGUAUAGCCAGUUUAAAAUGUAAAAAAAAAAAAAAAAGUAACUGAGCUAACAGAAAACAAUCAAUUCUUUUGUAUCAGCAGCUCGUACAAAAAAAUCCAAAGUUAUCAUGACUUACUUGCUUUUAUUAAUAUUUUAAGAUUGUAGAGGUGUGCCACUCUUUUAACUUUCAGUAUGUGUAUAAAUAUGAAUUCAAACGAGAUUGAGACGUCGGGGCCUACUAUCAGAUCCAGCAAAUGCCGGCCUAAGCAUGAUCAGAAGCAAUGACCUACAUAUGGAAUAGAUUAUAUUAUUUGUUUCAUUCUAAUCUGUUGGUUGAGGCAGAGUAGAAACAACCUGAAUUCUAGAAAAAAAGAUGUGGUAAGGUUUUAGCAGUGAACUUGAGUCGGGUCCAAGCACAGGCGGUCUAAAUUAGAUCAUUGCUGUAAUACCCAAACAUGCAGACAGACGUCGCUAUUCCGCUAUCCUGUAUCAAAAUUUAGACCGGCUGUGACGUGACAAUUUCAACUGGGUUAAAACAUAAAACAUCCAACAGCCAAUUAUUCAUCGUCAGAAACAAGGGUUCUGCCUUGACAUGGAUAGUUUUUCUUUCUUUCUUUUUUUUUUUUUUAAACUUAGGUUGGUAUUUACUUAACUCAACCGAGUGCUGCCAUCCCUUAAAAUUCAACCAAAAUGGACACCAAAAUAAAGACAAGCAGCAGCGGCGUCCAACAGCCACCUGACAGGAAGCGGUGAUCCAAGUGUUUCUGGGAGGAAUAUGGCUGCCACGCCGCUGAUGACGGGAGCUCCUCCGUAGAUCAUACCCGGCAGCCAAGGUAUGAAGUCACCACUCAGAAGCACCAUCGGGGCCACCAUUGCUCCGAUACGAGCCAUCAUCGAUCCCCAGCCCAUUCCAUUCUGACUGAGUCAAGCUGAAUUGCUUACUGAGAGAGAGCGUAUUGAGGAUCACGCCUGACACAGCCAUUCCGCAACCAAAUCGGCAAAGGCAGAACACUGAGAAGGAUGUGGAGAAAGCAGCACAGCUCCCAGCCACUGCCAUCAGCAGGAAGCGGUGAUCCAAGUGUUUCCGCGAGGAAUAUGGCUGCCACGUCGCUGAUUACGGGAGUACCUCCGUAGAUUAUACCCGGCAGCCAAGGUAUGAAUUCACCACUUAGAAGCACCAUUGGGGCCACCAUUGCUCCGAUACGAGCCAUCAUGGAUACCCUGCCCAUUCCAUUCUGACCGAGGUACAAAAGUUUUACUUUAAAGUCAUGAAGUGUCUCACUCCUCUCAUCAGUCAGCUGGGAUAGGGUUACCGGUACUUGAGCUCAAAUGAGUACAAAUUCAUAUAUAGAAUAUUCAAGUUACCUGAUGUUGAAUAUUUUUGGAAUGUGGAGCAAGUUAGUGUAUCUCAACACAGGAAUUAAUUGUCAUGUUGGAAAUGUUUAAUAUUCAUUAUGCGACAUAAUGUUAUGUAAUAGUUGAAUGACCUCUCAGUCUGAUUAUCCUGCUCAAAUAGAAAAGUGCUCAGCUGUGGUUUGUUAUUGUCUUAAUGACCUUGAGUUCUCUGAUACAUGAGCAAGUUGACAGCAGCUGAAUGAAGCAGCGAGGCAGCCAGAGACUUGCGUAGCGUGCGUUGGUCUGUGCACAAGUAGAAUGCCAGUCACUUAGUUUUGCAAAUAUUACUUACUCUGCAAUGUUAUCCUGCUAUUUUGCAGUUCAUCGUUUGCACCCCCAUCAUUCAUGCAUCCAUCCAUUUUAUUAAAGUAUCAUGGUUUUUUUUCCA